GUCGCCCCUCAGCAUGGCCGGAGCGCAGAUGUUAGUCUCGGCGGCGGUGGUGGUACUGGCCGCGAUGGGCGGGUUAGCGACCAAUCACGGCCUCGGAGGAGACGGCGGACACGCCCACUCCAGCUGGCACUUCAGCGGUCCAGUGGCGGGUCCUCACAAGCAGGUGCACGUGGCGGCCGGCCUCGGAGGACACGGAGGACAUUCAGGACACGGAGGACAUUCAGGACACGGAGGACACGGAGACGGAGGAUACAUCGACUAUGUGGCGGAGCCGAAGUACUCGUUCGGCUACGAGGUGGCGGACCACAAGACGGGCGACCUCCACGGCCAGCAGGAGCAGCGCGACGGAGACUCGGUGAAGGGCUCCUACCACGUGAAGGAGCCCGGCGGCAACGUGCGCACGGUGCAGUACCUGGCCGACAAGCACGGCUUCCACGCGCGCGUGCACAACAGCGGCGGCAACGACCACUCGGGCGGGCACGCGGGUAGCCACUCGGGCGGGCUUGCAGGUGGCCACUUAGGUAACGGAGGUGGCCACUCGGACGGGAACGCCGGUGCGGGCGGCCACUCGGGCGGGCAAGCCGGUGGCCACUCGGGCGGGCUUGCCGGUUUGGGUGGACACUCGGGCGGGUUUGCUGGUGUGGGUGGCCACUCGGGCGGGCACGCGGGUGCGGGUGGCCACUCGGGCGGGCUUGCCGAUGGCCACUCGGCCGGGCACGCUGGUGGCUACUCGGACGGGCACGCUGGUGGCCACUUAGAAGGUCACUGAGGUGGCCACUUAGACGGCUAUAGCCAUAACGGUCACUACGGAUACUACUAGAUGUCAUAACACCAAAACCCAGAAAGAAUGUCCUCGUUUUUCCCAAUACUGUACUAAAUGAUAAGUAUCUAUUUGUGAAUCCUAGUCCUGCUUUAAUGUUUUAUUUAUUGACUAAGAGUGAAAUGACUGUGAAUUAUUGUUUGACUUAAUAAAUUUAUGACAUUUUUUGAGCAAAA